AUGGCUUCGAACCCAAAGGAUGGGGGAGAUCAGGUCUCAAGAAUCCAGCAACUUUAUAGAGACAAAUAUCUCUUUCAAAAUCCGCAGUUGCCUCCAACCAUAGACCCUUCCAGAGUGGCCAGGCAUCGAUCUGUCAGCCAAAGACAAAAUAGCAUACUUGGAGAUCCUUUGCCUUUAGACUAUUUACCGAAGAAAACUGCCAUUAAGGUUGAAACUGCGGCAGCUCCGUGGAACUUUCCAAAGUCAAAUCAAGGUUCAAGAUCAGGUUCAAGGUCGACCUCUUUAGAAUUGGAACGAUUGGAACAGGAAGUCGACUCCUCUCUUUUCGCAGAUAUCAACUCCAUAGAGACUAAACUACAUGAAUUAGAGCACAAAUUUCAAAAGGAAAUCUUAUCCUUGGAAUUGGAUAUUCAAGAAACUUUUAUCUCAUUAGAGAACCAACUUAAGUCUAUAAAGGAAAAUUUGGAAACUGCCGAAAAGCUCGGCACUCAUAAAAGCCAAGCACCCCAAAAUAUAGAGGACUAUCACAGGCCAUUAAACACAGCAUAUGAAUUGCAGAGUAGCCAUCUAAAUAGGAUAUCUCGUUGGCCCCCCUCUCAGCUCAAUCCUUCAACUAGCUUGCCUCCAAGUAACUCUUGGAGAGCAUUCUACAUGUUAAUAGGAGCGGUCUUCGGAAUGCUGGCCUUGCUGGGAUCCUUCCUACUAGCAGAUUAG